AUGGAAACGGCGCAAAAAGAGUCGCCGCCGUUAAGCGUUGAAGAGCUGCAGCAGCCAACGAUGAAGGACAAUCUGAAGAUCAUUUGGUCGCGCUUUCCCUCUUUUCGGUCCUUUCUGUACUACCUCUUUGCACCGACGCUCAUCUACCGAGACUCCUAUCCACGGUAAACAACUAAUCGCAAAAAAUCAUUUUCAAUUAUCAUUUCUUUCACUGCUUCGCUGAAUGAGUACUACCGAAAAUGGAAUCUGCUGGUGCAGGACUGGCUGCACGCCUACAUCUACCUCCCGGUUUACGGGUGGUCGGCCAAUCGUCAAAUUUCCGCCUAUUCGGUGAUCCUCGUCUCCGGCAUCGUCCACGAGUACAUCAUCAGCUUUAGU